AUGAAGCGAGAAUGCUCUGCGUUGGUGAGUUUGGGGACCCUUCUCAAGAUCCUCUAUGCGGAUCUAGCGGCCAUACUAGGCAGCAGCCGAGUGCCGGAGCCGAAGUCUGGACCCACGCCGGGAGGCAACAACAUCCAGAUCGAGACCCGGGAAGGUAGCAUGGACUCCAGCACCAUCACCAGAUUCUUUGUCGGGUCUGAGGCGUCUGAGGAGUCUCCGCUGAUCAUCGUGGAAGAAAGGCACCUCGAUGGGCCCUGCACACGUGCCGAGGACCUCUCAGUGCAGAUCACUGAGCCUGGCUGCGAGGAGCUCCGCUGCAAUCAGCAUUAUUCUCGGGUCGAGAAAAAGGGGCCGCCGGGCUACCAUGAGAGCAAUGGGGUUACAGGCGAAGUGCAGAAGGUGAAGGAGAAGCUGCUGGAGAUCUCUACAGUGCUGGAGAAGUCGGACAGCUUGGACCAGUUCCUGGACCUCUUUCCCAGUGCCUUCAAAAUUCGCCGGCUGCUGAACAGCGAAGCUGGCGCCUCCGCCAAAGUCGCGCCGGAGAGUUUCAAAAAAGGCUAA